AUGGUCUCCACAGAAAGUCUCAGAGCAGAGAAGCUCUUCUCUGCCAAGGGUCAUGUUUGCGUUGUUACUGGAGGCGGCACCGGGAUUGGUCUGAUGGCAACCCAAGCUCUCGCAGCAAACGGAGCAAAAGUCUACAUCACAGGUCGUCGAAUGGAAGCUCUGGAGAAUGCAGCAAAAUCCCACUCACCAUCCCAAGGUGGAGAGAUCAUCCCAGUAGGACCCUGCGAUGUAACCAAGAAGUCCGACCUCGAAAACCUCGUUUCCCAAAUCAGCAAGAAGGAGAAGCAUAUCGAUCUUCUGAUCUGCAACGCCGGAAUCUCAGGCCCCAAAGCUGAGCCAGAAAGUGCCGACGCAGAAGAGUUGAAAGAAAGGUUAAUCAACAGUGAGAGUUUUGAGGAGUGGAGCGAUACAUUCAAUACGAAUGUAUCGGCUGUAUACUUCACAACAGUCUCCUUCCUCCCUCUUCUCCAAGCUGCCCACUCCAUCAACGGCGCUCUAUCUUCCUCCGUCAUAGUAAUAUCCUCCAUGUCCGGCAUAAUGCGCCACGCACAAGGACACUUCGGCUACAAUGCAGCCAAAGGAGCGACCGUCCAUCUUUCCAAACUCAUGUCUUAUGAGUUCAAAAAAGCCGGCAUUCGAGUCAACAGCAUUGCACCGGGAUACUUUCCUAGCGAAAUGACGACGAAAGAGAGUGAUGAGAAGCAGAAGAGUGAGAUGCCGCAGAGCAAGAUUGAGGAGAAGGGUCAUGUGCCUAUGAAUCGAGCUGGAAGUGAUGAGGAGAUGGCAAUGGGAGUAUUGUUCUUGAUGAAGAAUAAGUAUGUCAAUGGGGAGAUUAUUGCGAUUGACGGAGGUGUUCUGCUCGAGGUUCCAGGGAGAUGAAAUAGCGGAUUGUUUUGAGAAUGUAUGGCUAUAAGAAAUGGCUUCUUAAAG